GAACGACAAAAGUUCUGCCUCUACUUAAUUGACUAAUACUAUUUCAAACUUAAGACGUGAAGUGGAGACGUAUCAGAGCGAGCUCAAUCAGGCACGGGAUGAACUGGGAAAUGCGACUGAGAACAAUCAACAGAUGGAUCGACAGUUCUCCGAUAUAAAAAAGAGUAAUCAAGCGUUCAUUGAUGAAACACGUUCUUUAAAGGAUAAAGUCCGAGAGUUAACCAAUGUUCUCAAAAGAAAAGACAGCGAUGUACGGAAGAUGGAAACGAAAAUGGCUGAAUGUUUCUCAAUAGAAGAGAAAAAUAGUAAACUUGAACUACAGGUCACAGAUUUACAAGUUGAAGUCAGCCAAUAUAAAAUUGAAUUGAACGACAAAAGUUCUGCCUCUACUAAAUUGACUAAUACUAUUUCAAACUUAAGACGUGAAGUGGAGACGUAUCAGAGCGAGCUCAAUCAGGCACGGGAUGAACUGGGAAAUGCGACUGAGAACAAUCAACAGAUGGAUCGACAGUUCUCCGAUAUAAAAAAGAGUAAUCAAGCGUUCAUUGAUGAAACACGUUCUUUAAAGGAUAAAGUCCGAGAGUUAACCAAUGUUCUCAAAAGAAAAGACAGCGAUGUACGGAAGAUGGAAACGAAAAUGGCUGAAUGUUUCUCAAUAGAAGAGAAAAAUAGUAAACUUGAACUACAGGUCACAGAUUUACAAGUUGAAGUCAGCCAAUAUAAAAUUGAAUUGAACGACAAAAGUUCUGCCUCUACUAAAUUGACUAAUACUAUUUCAAACUUAAGACGUGAAGUGGAGACGUAUCAGAGCGAGCUCAAUCAGGCACGGGAUGAACUGGGAAAUGCGACUGAGAACAAUCAACAGAUGGAUCGACAGUUCUCCGAUAUAAAAAAGAGUAAUCAAGCGUUCAUUGAUGAAACACGUUCUUUAAAGGAUAAAGUCCGAGAGUUAACCAAUGUUCUCAAAAGAAAAGACAGCGAUGUACGGAAGAUGGAAACGAAAAUGGCUGAAUGUUUCUCAAUAGAAGAGAAAAAUAGUAAACUUGAACUACAGGUCACAGAUUUACAAGUUGAAGUCAGCCAAUAUAAAAUUGAAUUGAACGACAAAAGUUCUGCAUCUACUAAAUUGACUAAUACUAUUACAAACUUAAGACGUGAAGUGGAGACGUAUCGGAGCGAUCUCAAUCAGGCACGUGAUGAACUGGGAAAUGCGACUGAGAACAAUCAACAGAUGGAUCGACAGUUCUCCGAUAUAGAAAAGAGUAAUCAAGCGUUCAUUGAUGAAACACGUUCUUUAAAGGAUAAAGUCCGAGAGUUAACCAAUGUUCUCAAAAGAAAAGACAGCGAUGUACGGAAGAUGGAAACGAAAAUGGCUGAAUGUUUCUCAAUAGAAGAGAAAAAUAGUAAACUUGAACUACAGGUCACAGAUUUACAAGUUGAAGUCAGCCAAUAUAAAAUUGAAUUGAACGACAAAAGUUCUGCCUCUACUAAAUUGACUAAUACUAUUACAAACUUAAGACGUGAAGUUGAGACGUAUCGGAGCGAUCUCAAUCAGGCACGUGAUGAACUGAGAAGUACGACUGAAAAAACUCAACAGAUGGAUCGACAGAUAUCCGUUCUAAAACAGUCUGAACAAGCGUCUAUUGAUGAAAGAGGUUCUUUAAACGAUAUUGUCAGAGAGUUUACAAAUAUUCUCAAAGGGAAAGACAGUCAUAUACAGAAGAUAGAAACAAAAUUGGCUGAAUUGUCCUUGAUAAAAGAGGAAAAUGUAAAAGCUGAACGACAGAUUACAGACUUACACAUUGAAAUACAGAAAUAUAAAAGUGAAUUGAAAGACAAAGGUGGCAAUUUGACGAAACUGACAAAUACAAUCUCAAACUUAAGUCAUGAAUCGGAGAGAUGUAAGAGUGAACUCAAAGAGGCCCAUGAAAAAAUAAGGAAGUUUGAUCUACGAUUGAAAACUGUUACUGACGAGCAUGAAAAUUGCAAACAUCUCAUUUCUUCUCUGCGUAAAGAGAAUCAAAAGCUGUCUAUGCACAAAGUUGAUCAGCCAAGACGUUCAGAAGCAACGCUUAGUCAAAGAGAACACGAACUUAGUCUUGCUUUGGAAAAAUCACGGCACGAGCUCCGUGAAGUUCAGCAUGAACUAGAUGAUACAAAAACAAGGCUGAGUAAGGUCAUGGAACAGAAACGGACUGACAAUAAUCCAAAUAUCGCCGAACUAAGCGACAUAAAUCGACCAACAAAACUUUCUGAGCGUUACUCCGAAUUGUAUGACAACCAAUGGACAGAUGCAUUUGAGGUCAUUUGCAAACAGUUACAGGACGAGCAAUCUACAAUCAAAUCCCUCAUUGGUAUAUUGAUGAAUGCUGCCAAAUAUUGUCGCGAAGAAGCCAUGACACAGUUGGAAGCAAUACAAGGAAUUUUGCUACCCCGGAAAACUGGAUCCACUUUUCCGUCACUUAUUCACAAGAACUUGAAUGAUUUUCGAAAAGUACUUGGAGAACAAACAGGAGCCGCCAUUUAUGAGAAAUACAUACAAGACAUUGCUAAACAGCGUCAGCAGUCUUUGCAACUAGACGUAAUACCAUACGUCAAGGAGUGCGUUGAACUCUGUUGGCUAAUGAGCAUACAAGACCCACCCGUUGUCGUUGCACCAGAGUUACAACACGGUGGAAAUUUCGACACGGACUUCUACAAGGCGUAUACCAAGAGUGGUCCCCUUAUUGACUACGUCGUCUGGCCCGCCCUUUGCCUACACGAGAAAGGGCCACUGCUUUGCAAAGGCAUCGCACAGGGAUAUGACGGGAAGAACACAAAGAACUAAUGAUAUAUGGUUGUGUUUCUUUGACGUUAAAAGUUAUUACUUUGUUUGGUAUAGAUAUGCUUAUUUUUGUAUUAUGGUAAGAUGCAAGUGCCAUAAAGAAGUCGCAUUUCAUUGUAUAAACAGCAAUGUCAGUUGUGAUAUGUAAAUAAGAUAUCCCGUCCUGUUACUUCCAAUUCAUUUUAAAUGCAGUCACUAUGUUAACCCUUUACAUAUUAUUUAUAAUUUAUCCAAUUCAUUCUUUAAAAUGUGAUUACUUUUCUGAACAUUUAAGAUCAACCGUUUUCUCGAAAAGUCAACAAAUAAAACAAGUGUGUUGAUUAAUAGUUUGAAUAAGAUUGAAUGAAACAGUAUUGAUUCCAUUGCAAGACAUAAGGAAGUUAAAAUGGUUUCUUUAUUGUCAAAAACAUAGUUAGCGAUAUAAAACCAGUGGAAACAAUGUAAAAUGUGUUAUUAUAAUAACAAUUUCACGUCAAUGCUACAUGCGCUUGAAUUUAAAUGUAUUUUUUGCGUUCAACAGUUUUCAUUUACUCAACAUUUUUUUUGCAAGAGCACAGUAUAAAUAAUAUAUAUACGUUAAGCUAAAUAUUUUGUAUAACAAGUUUAUGUCUACUCGGGUUUUCUGUGUGUGUGUGUAAAUUUUGACAUAAAGAAUCUUUCACGCAUAAACAUUACUAAACUAUUUUGUUUCGACUGAUUCCAGUCCAUGUUAUUCUAUUCUAUUUAUGUAAGUAAACAAUUCGAGCGUAAUGGUUGUAUAACUGUUAUUUUUUUAAUUAAUUAUGUUAUAUAAAGUCAGUGUACCAAACAUAAAUACAUGUUAUUAGUAUGUAUUUCAAAAAUAGACAUGCGUUAACCAGAUAAUCGUUGCGAACCUUGAAUUUCAAAUUGCGUUUUUAAAUAAUAAAUGUAUUUAAUGGAAUUAAGAUAUUUAGCAAAAUAGUUUUAUAAUUAUAUUGUAGUUAUUCAGAAAAUGACUCUUUUACACAGAUGUAUGCUUGAUUUAAAUCAGAAAGCAUUAUGAUUAGUGGUGUUAAGUGUAUUGAUUUGCUACUCUUCCACAGAGGGUUGUAUAUUUACAAUAUUUAAUUUGUUCUUAUCUCAAUGAGUUUGAAAUAGUGCAUACGUUCUUUAAUGAUAUACUUACUUUAUAGCCCCUGAAGUAUUUCAAUCAACGUUUAAGUGAAAAAGAAACGAAAGUUAUUCUUGGAGAGAUUUUGCCACGUUCAGGGCGUUUGAACAAGCAGGUGAUUUUUUUCCGUUGCAUAUAGGGCUUCAAGGGGAUUGUUCAUAUUUAUAUGUAAAGUAUAUUCUAACAGUAUCCCUUAAACGUAUGUUUUCAUUAUCCUGCAAGACUUUGUACUUUCUAAAGUACUCGUACGAGCUGCUUAAAACUUGAGUAGUAUGUCAACAUGAUGAGAGUCAUUUUAAACAUAGGAUUUUGGCCCUCUCAUUAUUCAAAAUGCCUAGAAUGGCUCAGUUAUGUUUCAAAAAUGGACCUUUUUGGGUAAUUUUCAUGAAACGAUUUAUGUCAUAUGUAUGUUCGAAAUGGCCUUAAAGUUAAAUUAUCUUUUUCAAAGAGUUUAUGGAUAAACAAACCCUUCUUAAUUUGUCGUUUUUAAAGUUAUGAGAUGAACGAAUCUAUGUGAUUAAAUUAAAAACUUUUGCAUGGAGUAUAUAUAAUUUAACACCACCUUUUAUGAUAAAAAAGGUCAGAGUUGCAAACCGACUCACAAGGAUCAGCGAGAUACGAUCUUGUGCUUUUCAGGUUUAAUUGUAAACACACAGUAUUUACAAAUAGUAUUAACCAUUCAGCCAAUGAAUACAUAAAAUUUCGAAAAAUGACAACCAGGAAGUAAAUUAAAUUACAUGUACAGAAAGUGCUUAGGUCAAAACUGAGCUUUUUUGUUUCCACUAACAUCACUCAAAUAAGGGAGUAUUUAGGUUGGCAUAACAUUUAUUUGUUGUUGUUUUUCUCUUUUUUUGGAGAAGAUGGAAUUUUUAUCAAAUCGAUCUAUAUCAGGGGUUUUUUUACUGUUGUAGAACAUUUUAGAACAUUUGUUUGUAUUUUACGCCUUACAGGUAUUUAAAUGGCUGAUAUCUACUAAAAUAUGGCUAAGAUACUGUGAUUUAUAGGAAUAAAUACUUCAAUAUACAAAGGGUUGAUUUAUA